CUGCGGCAAAACUUUCGCCAUCGUACGGCGAGGUAAGUCGGGCUGUUAUCAAGUUCUGUGGGCUCACAAAGCGAGAGUCUCGUUCAAAUCGGUUUUAAAUUCAAUUAUGCUAAGCGGCACUGUACACGGUUAUUAAUUUGUAUUUCCUAUCCGACGUAAUUAAAAGGCCCAACGCGCUACCUACCCUCAUAGACACGAAAAGAGAUUUUCAUCACUGAAGUUAUACUCAGAAUAGAACCAACAACUGAUUUGAAAACACGGGAAGUGACGUAAAACUAAAAAAAAGUGACGUCAGAUUUGACAUUCACUUACCGUGGGGUGACAGCCUUGAGCAUCGUAUAAAGAAAAAAAAAAUCUCUUUCAAGUGAGGUCUUUUAAUUUUCUCAAAGCGAGCCGCUUGCCACAUCGCCACUGAUUAUUAAUCCACCCCCGCGCCCUGUUCUCACCCCCCACGCCGCACACGACAGCAACAAGCGUGAGUACACUACUUGUGCAUUAAGAACAACAUCCCCGAGGGACGCGCCGACAGCCUUAGCCCUGCUAAUAACCCUGACAUCCCCUGGGUUUAUGGCUCCAUAACUUCAAGCCGACGGAGAUUUAUGAUAAUUACAUUUUUUUUUCUCUUUACGUCUCUUCUUUACGAACAGAAUAACUUUAGACUUAACGCAUUGAGGUUGCUGAAGUUAAACGUCGACGAUCAAAGAUCUUGAUUGGACGAACUUUGAACUCUGAAAUUCUGUUAAAGAAUCCGAUCAUACUACGUCAUUUUUUCUACAAGUUUAUAUAAAUAAAACUCAAUACAAAUGCGGAUAUCAACGCACAAGUUAUAAAUUAUUUCGUACAUCGGUUUAAAAAUUUCAAAAAUUCGAAAUCAAAAUGACGCUCACUUCCAAGUUCACGGACAUCGUCUCCAUCAAAUGGCAGAACUUUCAAGACAAAAUCCGGGACCCGAAAUCCCAGCGCCGUCUGGUGCUGGUCAUCGUGUGCAUAGCCCUCCUUCUGGACAACAUGCUGUACAUGGUCAUCGUUCCCAUCAUCCCCAACUACCUGACCCGCGACCAGAAGCAGGACGAACCCACCUACCUGUACAAGUACUACAACGUCACCGAGUCUUCCAACGCCCCGGUCGGCGCCACCCAUAGCUACGUCAUGGCCCACAAACUGGACACCAACGGUCAGUUCGAGAACGGCGCCAUCGUUAAUGUUCCAGAACAGGCUAUCCUAGCUACGAAUACAUCACUUCAUACAGAGAAACACGAUAAUAGAAUUAUGCUCCUUAGAAUAGCGGUUCCACCCCCGCCUAUAUCUUACGGUGACGAAGGUAUUAAAAUUGGUGUGCUCUUUGCUUCCAAAGCCAUCUUUCAACUGUGUGUGAAUCCUUUCACCGGAGGGCUCAUUGACCGAAUUGGCUACGAUAUCCCUAUGAUGAUUGGCUUGACAAUUAUGUUCCUUUCCACGUCUGUGUUUGCGUUCGGCGAGAGCUACGCUGUUCUAUUUUUAGCCCGAAGCUUACAAGGACUCGGCUCGGCUUUCGCGGAUACUUCCGGUUUGGCCAUGAUCGCUGAUAGGUUCACCGAAGAAGCGGAGAGAUCCAAGUCUUUAGGUAUCGCCUUGGCUUUUAUUUCAUUUGGUUGUCUUUUCGCGCCGCCAUUCGGGGGAAUCUUGUACGAGUUUACAGGCAAAACCGCCCCGUUCGUGAUCCUGGCUUUGGUCUGUCUAAUCGACGGGAUCCUCAUGGUGCUAGUCAUGAAACCAGUGAGACUCGAACGUUCUAUGUUGGCCAGGGAAGAACGCCCUAACGGCACCCCCAUCUGGAAACUCCUCAUGGACCCUUACAUCGCCGUGGCCGCUGGGGCGUUGGCCAUGUCGAACGUGUCCUUGGCCUUUCUAGAGCCGACGAUAUCCUUGUGGAUGAAGGUCACCAUGGGCGCAGACGAGUGGCAGAUUGGCUUCUGCUGGCUGCCGUCUUUCGUCACUCACGUUCUGGGCGUGUACAUGACCGUCAAGCUGGCGAGGAAGUUCCCGCAGUACCAGUGGCUCAUGGCCAUGAUCGGGCUCUCCAUUGAAGGAAUCUUCUGCUUCUUCGUCCCCUUCUCCACCGCGUACUUCGCCGUGAUUUUCCCCAUCAUGGGCAUCUGUUUCGGCAUCGCUUUGGUCGACACGGCGCUGCUGCCCACCUUAGGCUACCUGGUCGACGUCCGACACGUCAGCGUCUACGGCAGCGUCUACGCCAUCGCCGACAUCUCCUACUCCCUGGCCUACGCCAUCGGUCCCAUCGUCGCUGGCAGCAUCGUCUCCAGCAUCGGAUUCAUGUGGCUCAACGUCCUCAUCUUCCUCAGCAACAUCCUCUACGCCCCUCUCCUCAUUUUUCUCCGCAACAUUUACAUGUACAAACCCUUCGAUAACGACGACGAAGUCCUCAUCGACGACCCCCCACCUAAAGGCUACAACACCUACGUCCAAAACGGCGGCCUCACCGGCAAACCCCUCGCCCUCAACGGCGGCGACAACUUCGCCAACCACCUAAAAAUCAGCAACAGAAAAAGCAACGAAAUAGACUGCUACCCGCCGCCGACGGAGCCCGAGUACGUCUACCACAAAGAUUCCUCUUAUAACUUCUACAACCAGCCUCACUGAGAGGGCUGAGCCUAGGUUUUCAUCUACUGCUGUUGGCUAUGGAGGAGGCUGUGAUCAGACUGAAUGUAGAUGCUUGCUUAUGUACGUGCGCAUGUUAGUAAAAGGAUGUUUGCGCUGGCUGCCGGCUGAGGUAUGUUACUCACUCACACAAAAAAAAAAACGUGAUAUAAAAAAAAAACUGUAAUAAGCCAAACUGUAUUUUCUCUUUUAUCAUGCCUGUUUUUUUUUUUUCAUUUUAAAAUAGAAAUUUGUAUGAAUAAAUGUGAUAGAUUUUCAUAUUUUAACUUGGAUUUAAAAGAAUUUUUUUCUCAUGAUUUCUUGUUACCUUCAUUUACUGUUGUGAUGUAUCAGAACUACUUGACGAGUAGAAUAGGUGUAAUGUUCUCAUGUCUGAGUUUCA